AUGAAGUGUUCGGUGCACGAAGAUCAGACCGUCAUCAUGGCUUGUCGGACACAGCAAUGUGAGGAUUGUUUGGUUUGUGUUCUGUGUAUAGCUGGGCUACACAGAGGACAUGAAAUGACAACUCUGGAGGAAGCUGCGGAGAGAGUAAAAGAACGACUCAAUGAUAUGUCAACUGCAAACAUCAAUUACCUCAAGGGCCAGAAGAGGAAAAUAGACUGUGUCAACAGCCUGCAAGAGGCGAUUAACCAGAAACAGGAGAAAGCUCGUGAACAAGGCCAAAUGAUGCAUGACGCUGUGGAUAGGGUCAUUGGGCAUAUAAUUUCCAAUUAUGAAAGACGAUCAAAGGAGAUGAAGGCCAUAAUGCACAAGAUACAAGACUCUAUUGAAAUCGUAGAAAAAUCACAAGAGAGAUUGGGACAUGUUCUGGAUACGGACGACUGGAUAAAGAUUAUCCUUGAAGGAAAGAAAACAACGGAGUUGCCGAGCGUAGAAGAUCUGUCCGAGGAUGUUACACCUGAUGUUGGAGAAGAGGAUAUUAAUAAAACUAUUGUAACGGGGAUCCUAUCUGCCCUACAGCAAUGUCAGCCCCCUACUGCGAUAACAGAACAGCCAUGUCACCCUGCCACUACAAUAACAAAAGACGAUGAGCACACAUCAGAUUUCAAAGGCAUGGUCUAUAGGCACAGAACACUAAAAUCCAUCUCUUGUGUUUCACUGUCAAAGGAACAUCGCAUAUCAAACAUCGCUCCAGGUCAAACGGAAACAUUUUGGGUUGUUAUAAACGACGAAAUUAAGUUUUGCAACAAACAGCAUGGGAUCAUAAAUAACAAUUUAACAAUUAAAAAUAUAUUCCGUGGAAUGGCUGUUACAGAAUCUGACAAAUUACUUACAACAUGUACUGACGAUAAAUGUGUGAGGAAGAUUACCUCUGGCGGUAAAACAUUAUUUAGUUUUAACACAGAUCCUCUGAUUCCUAAUCAGUUAUGUAUCGCCAAUAACGGCGACAUCUUAGUCACGCUUGUUUCAUCCUUUGUGGAUCCUCUGCCGGACACAGUUGGAGUCGUGAGUCGGUACACCCCACAAGGGAAGAGGAUGGUAACGUUUGAGAGGGAUCGCUUCGGUAACAGCAUCUGUCCUAAAUAUAUAGCAGCCAGUCGAGUCUCGGACAUGGUGGCUGUUACAACCAUCACCAACAAAGACAAUGAAGGUUAUUAUAAUAGUCACGUGAUAGUAAUGACUGGGGACCUCCAGGUGAAGUUUCGGUACCUGAGCGACGGACGAGUCAUUCUUGGUGACCAGCAGUAUCGUCCACAUGAUUCAACCAUACAUUUCAGUGUUGGUAUCGAUAGUCAGGACAACAUCAUACUAGGCGAUAUCAAAGCGGGUUCUAUACAGAUUAUCGACCAACAUGGCCACAAACUUCAGUGUUUUGGACAUGCUGACGGGAUGAAUUUCCUAACUGUCUCUUUUGAAGAUGAAAUAUGGAUAGGAAAGAAAAACGGUCAAGUGGAGGUUUUUAAAUAUACGUGA